CGUCUUUAAAGAAAACAAAACAUUAGUCCUAACUUCAACUGCAAAAAGAUAUAACCAACAAACCCAGAAUAAGCUGCAAAAACAAGUAGAAUUGUCGGUAUCCAUCUCUUUUUAAUCCCUCUUAACUGUCCAAAUCACCACCAUCUAAAUAUUCCAUUAAAAUGGCCACUGGUGGCCAUGAUGGACGUGGAAGUGCAGGAUCUACACAUAGUUUUGGCAGCAAUCCAACAACCAGAUCAUCUGUAAGGACACCAAAACGUCAGAGAUCAGCUCCAGGAAGCAGCCAAUCUACUGAAGAAAAAAGUGAUUUUCUUUGCCCAGUUUGUUUCAACUUAAUUGAAGAGGCUCACAUAACAAAGUGUGGACAUACUUUUUGCUACAGUUGCAUAUUAAAGUGCAUUGAAACGAUGAAACGAUGCCCCAAAUGCAACUCACCACUUCUCAGUGCCGAGCAAAUCUUUCCAAAUUUCCUUCUGAACGACGUCAUAAAAAAACACAAGAUGCGUAUGAACGGUUUGGAGUCCUUGGGGUUGAGCAGAGAAAGUUCAAACGAAUUUUCUACCCUUGCCGAUGGUUUACGUGACUUUAUCGCUUCUGAAUCCCAAAAUCUUACAUUACCAGAUGUGAAUAUAAUGCUGGAAAUAUUGACCCAGAGGAAACAACUACUGGAAGCUGAAUCAUGUGCUGCACAAAACAAACUGCUCCUGGAAUUCUUAAAACUCUUACUUCAACAGAAAGAGGAGCAAAAGAACCAAAUAAUUAAAGAGGUGAACAUAAUAAAGCAUGACAUUGAUGAGGUUGAAAGGAUUCUUAGAGAAGUCCAUAGUAAAUGUCCUACUUUAGAAGAUGUAGAAAGGGCUGUAGGAUCAGCUUCAGAUGGUGAUUCUGCAGUUCGAGCCAUGAAAAAGGAAAUGAUUGAAAUCAUAGAUAAUAUAGAAUCAACUACGAAAAAGGACGACGCAUCAUUUGUACCCCAGGCCGGUAGCGAAAGUACCAAACAUCCAGGAUUGUCCUCUUUGGCCACUAGAAGAAGACGAAUGCACGCACAUUUUGAAGAUUUCGUCCAAUGUUACUUCACCACCAGGUCCAAAGAUUUAUUUUUCAAGGAUACCGAAAAAUCUCCUAAACUUACCGAAUCUUCUUCAAGUUUGAACGAAUUCCGAGAGAAUCUUGUCAAAUUUUCACGUUACAACUCAUUAAGACCACUUGCCACCCUAAAUUAUUCCAACGACCUCUUUAACAAUUCUACAAUCGUUUCCAGCAUAGAAUUUGAUAAAGAUAACGAAUUUUUUGCAAUAGCUGGAGUCACAAAAAGGAUAAAAGUGUUUGAUUAUAAUGCUGUUAUUCAGGACUCUGUGGACAUUCACUAUCCUUGCAUGGAAAUGGUAUCUAGCUCGAAGAUCUCAUGUGUGAGUUGGAACAGUUAUCACAAAGGUACUCUUGCUUCUAGCGACUAUGAGGGCACUGUUACUAUUUGGGACGCAUCUACUGGCCAGAGGACAAAAACAUUUCAAGAACAUGAAAAGAGAUGUUGGAGCGUUGAUUUUAAUGACGUCGACACCCGACUUAUAGCAUCCGGAUCGGAUGAUGCCCGAGUGAAAUUGUACUCUUUGAAUGUAGAACAUUCAAUAGCAACCUUAGAAGCAAAAGCAAAUGUCUGUUGUGUUAAAUUCAAUCCUCGAAGUUCCUGUCAUCUAGCAUUUGGAAGUGCGGACCAUUGUGUCCACUAUUAUGACCUGAGAAAUAUGAAGGAGCCUGUUAGCGUGUUCAAAGGUCACAAAAAAGCUGUUAGUUACGUUAAAUUUCUCAACAGCGAGGAAAUAGUAUCAGCAUCGACUGAUUCGCAGUUAAAAUUAUGGAAUAUUAAUACUCCUUAUUGUCUGAGGUCUUUUGUGGGGCAUAUUAAUGAGAAAAAUUUUGUGGGAUUGGCUACAGAUGGCGACUAUGUCGCCUGUGGAUCGGAAAAUAACGCCCUUUAUAUUUAUUAUAAGGGUUUGACUAAAAAACUUUUCAGUUACAAAUUUGAAGCUACAAGAGGGGUUUUAGAAAAUGAACGCAGAGAGGAUGAACCUAAUGAGUUUGUAUCAGCAGUGUGUUGGAAACAACACUCGAAUGUGGUCGUAGCUGCUAAUAGCCAAGGAACUAUUAACAUUUUAGAGCUCGUUUGAAAGCGGAAAUGUCGUUAAUUAUUAUUCGUUAGUAUUCGACAAAAUAUUGUGUUCGACAUUGUCUUUCAUGUGAUAGAGAAAAUUUAAAUGUGUAAGACCAAUAUUGAUUCCUCUCGCCUUUUGUUUUUGUGGUGGUUUUUAAGGUAUUUUAGAUUGGGUGUACAUUGAUAAAUAAUUUUUUAAUUCAAUCGCUUUUGCACCUGUUAAUUAUCAAUUCAGUUGUGCUAAAUAAUAGCAUUUUAAUUUAUUACAAAGCAAAAAAUUAAAUAUGCUAUUCGUUUUUUAAAAAAUGUUUUUUUUUAAAGUUAUAAUGAAAAAGACUGUUUAUAUGGUAGCUGAGAAAAGUUUUGAGUAUCGAUUAGAAAUUGUGAAAAUCAUUUUGGAAAUUUACAAAUUUAAAAUAAUGACGAUAACUAAUUUACAAAUCAAAGAGCUUUACAAACGUAUUUGUAUUUUAAUACAUACGCAUAACAUGGCUUGAUCAACUUUACUUUUAUUUACUAAAUAUGAUAUUGAUAAAAUAAAUAAUUGAUAAUUUCAUUAUAUUGUAAAGUCGAUUAAAUAAUACUGCCAACUGUACCUACUCUUAAUAUAGUUUUGCUACUACAAUUUCUCCUCAAAACGUUUCAGCAAUAAGUACAAAUGCUAAGAAGGGUAUAUCUUUUCAAAUGUGAAAUUGAACAAGAACGAAUCAUUUCAAAAAACUUUAAUAAUUGUAAAAAUAAAUAAGAAGCUGUAAACGCUUUGCAGUUUUUUACUUAAAUAUUUAUUAAUUCAGAAUAUUUUAUAAAAAACAGUUCCAAAAUUUCAAAUUAAAUUUUCUAUAAAUGCACGUUUCAUUGUGUUCCUUUUAGUGGUUGUUUUGUACCUAUAUAUGUAUUACUGCCUUCUAGUUUUUGUACAUCAAUUGUUUUCAUCGGUGGUUGUGAAAAAAAUUGGUAAUUGGGGGUAAAAAUCUCACUCUUUGUUAAUGUUUGCUCCUAAUGAUUUGCUGAUUUAUAAAUAAUGCUAUUUUUGUCUGGACUUAAUAGAUACAAACUGGAAACAUCUUUAGUAUUUAUAGCUAAAAAUAAAUCACGUAUAACGUUCGGAGAUGUAUAAAUUAUUUUUAAUAGUUUAUUGAAACGGUAUAUUGUACAGAAAUUUAUGUAUACACAGUUAUAUCAUUUUUUACUGUUAGUGUUCAAUAGAGAAUUCAUUAUAUUGUAAUGAUGUGAUGGCUUCAGAAAUCAUAAAUUGCAGGGGCUCUUGUCUGAACUGUAUACACAUACAUUUAUAUUUUUAAUUUUUAAAUGAAAAAUGAAAGCAAAUUUAAUUAUCUAUGUAAUACAAAAAAUAUUUACAGGAGCCGUUGCAAUGUAUAAAUUCCAUUGAUGUUUUUGCUCAUUUAAUUAAUUACAUACAUGCAUAUAAUUGUGCCAAAUUUACAGUGUCGGUGUCUUAGGAAAACUGCACAAAUUAACAUUCGUCGUUAAUUAAUAUGAGUGCUAGAACUACUUAAAUGACUGAGAAAGUUAUAUAACAUUUUUAGGGAUGUUACUUUGUUGUCUACUUAAGCAUUUGUUAUUAGAAUUCAUAAAUAUAUUUUCGGACGAUUGCUCACAUGCAUUAGAAAUGAUAAAUAGCUAUUUGAAAUUCCAUGUGUUAGUUUUGUAGAUUUAAAAUCGGGGCUGUAUUAGUGUUAACUAUUUUCAUGAUAUUUUUCUGUUGUUUGUUAUUGGUAGAAUCAAUAUAUCAUUUCUUGCUGUUGUAUCAUGUCGAUAGCAAUAAAGUAUUCAUUACUA